CUUUAGGUACCGUUAAUUAUGGAAGACUUGUACAACCCGGUGCAAAAUCCAGCAAAUAUUAAAAUUGGGUUGUUCCUCUUUUCACUACAAUGUGGGAUGUAUUUCAAAAGUUCCUUGUUUCUGUUCCUGAUUUUUUUUUUUGUCCCUCAGAGCUCUCUGAAGUAUGCGGCGUUGUAGCCAGUACAGUACACUUGCAGAGAGAGAGAGAAAAUAAAGAUCAAACAUCAAUUAAUGUUAUAAGAUAUAACAUCAUUAGUGUUCUAAAAAUUGUCAUCUAAUUGGACAAAUGAAUGACUUCACUGUUCACUUUGUAAAAAAAAAAAAAAAAACAAGAAGAAAAAAAACCUAAUUGUUUCUCAUCUUAGAGAUAACUGUAGACAAAGACCCUGAACUGAUAAAUACAAACUGAAGUUCUUCUCACUCUGAAGUUGUUUGAACUCAGACGACACCAAAGAACUCCCACCAUGAGGGAUGGGUGGAUGAGUAACUGUAAGAUUUCCUACCUCCCUCCCUCUCUGCCUCCCACUCAUCUUCCCUUACUUCAGCUUCUCACAUCAAACUACACAGCAGUAAGGGCGAUCAUCAAGACUGGCUGAUACUCUCUCAUGAUUGCUGCACUGCUGCUUUGUAAGGCACAAUAGGCAUCAAUACAAAAAAGCAAGAUGGAAGACGAGGACUUCACAGUCGAUUAUGACUACAGUAAUAUGACGCCUGUGUCGCCCUGCGAUAAGAAUGAAGUUCACGAAUUUGCGGCCUCGUUCUUGCCCCGAUUCUACUAUGUGAUCUUCUCCCUCAGCCUACUGGGCAAUGGCCUGGUCCUGUUCGUCGUCAUCAAGUUUGAGCGCCUCAGGACGGUCACCAAUAUCUUCCUCCUCAACUUGGUAGGCUCCAACCUCAUCUUCACCUUCGGUCUGCCCUUCUGGGCCAAGUACCACCAGGACGAGUGGACCUUCGGCCUGACGCUGUGCAAGCUGGUCGGCACCGCCACCUACGUCAGCAUCUACAGCUCCGUGCUCUUCCUGACGCUGCUAACCAUCGACCGCUACCUGGCCGUGGUGCACGCCUUGGCCGUCAGCCAGCACCGGAAGAGCUGCUAUGCCGUGGUGGCGUCUGGGUGUGUCUGGCUGAUCUGUGGCCUGGCCGGGGUGGGUCCUCUGCUCCGCUACAACGUGAAGUGGCACUGGGAAGCUAAGACACUUUGCACUGAGGAGCGGGACCCUUCGUGGAAUGCCUUGGACACCUACCUUCACUUUGCCGCCUUCUUCCUCCUGCCACUGGUGGUGGUGGUGUACUGCUACGUGCGGAUCAUCGUCACCGUCUUGUCCACGCAGAUCAACAACAAGCACCGGACCCUGCGCAUCGUCUUCGUCAUCCUACUGCUCUUCUUCACCUGCUGGACGCCGUACAACAUCGUGCAGCUGGUGGACCUGCAGAUGAGUCUGGACUGCAACGACAGCAUCGACUACGCCAAGUACGUCACACACAACAUCGCCGUCCUCUACUUCUGCAUCAACCCUGUGUUCUACACAUUCCUGGGACGCAAGUUCCAGAACUAUGCCCGUACACUCAUUGUGGGCUACGCUCCGUGUUUGAAGAACCACCUCUCAGUGGCGGCAAACAGUCGGUCACUGUCUAACCGCAGUCCACCAAGUUUAUAGGACCAAUAAAAGUGUCAACAUACCUCUCUCCAUCUUCAUAGAGGGAAAGGUGAAAAUAAGCUGAGUAUGAAUUUCAAAUUGUGAAACUGCUCACUGUUUUACAGUCUGUAAAUGCCAGAGCACAGAAUAAUGUUCUAUGCAGAGAUCUGUCCUGUGCAUGUUACUUUACCACAGAAUUUACUGUUCAUUGCCAGUCUGUAGGAUACAAAAAAGAAAACAAAUCUGCAUCCGCAACUUAAAAGGAAGGAUGUUUUCAGGUUGAUAUUUCGUUCGAGACAAACGACAGAUAGGUUACUGCUUCAUGGUUGGCAUGUUAUCUAUUGAAAUGUUGCUCAAUGCACCUGGGGUGUCCAAAUCACAAAUGAAAACAUUUUCUAAUCAUGUUUCCGUCAGUGUUUAUUUGAUUCUCAAGUUUUGUUUUUCUUUUAUAGCUUAAAACUGCUGUUUUUUUUGUUGCAUUUUCUGAGUAGCCAACCACUACAUUGCAACAGCCUUAUGCUGGGCAUGGGUUUACCAUGCCCUCCUAACACUCUUCAGACAACCACUUCAAGCAGUCAUUUUCUUCAUUUCAUCAUUACAUUAAGCAGAAAACAGCCUAGUUAGUGUUGGCACACUUGGCGUCUUACAACAAACUGCUUUUGCUUCCUUACACCGCCUUCAGAGAACAGUUACUGAAGCCAAGCAUUCAGAAGGGUAUGAGAAAAUCAGUGAUAUGAUUUCACAGCCACUUGCACUGACGGAGUAUUUUAGCGCAGCUUCAAUGGCACACAUAGUCAAAGACUUCAGGAAAUAUUUCUUCUGGAUUACAGGUUUGUGAUCUAAAUUGAUGGGUGUUUUUUUUUAACCAAAAUUGGACGUGUUUGGAUGCUUUUGCUACGCGUGGAAAGUUGAGGGAAUCAUGUUUCAUGUCAUGGGGGUGGGUUCCCCUUAUACAAUAAUAACCUAUGGACGUUUUGGACCAUCCAAGCAAACACACAUUCUCUCUCUCUAAAGGGUUAUGUUUUGUAAUUGCUGUGGUUGAAGUUCUUUCUAAUGGUUUGUUAAUUGAAUGCCAUUUGGCCGUUGUGCACUUUUGCUGUUC